AUGAGGCUUCCCUUCUGGUUCCUUCUGGCCGUGGUCUUGAGCAUGGAGCUAGCUGUAACACGGGGCAUGCAAUGCCAUCUGUGCAAGGGAUUUGGAGGAUGCUCCGGCCGCUCUAACUGCCCAAGGAACUCCACCCACUGUGUCAUCAUUGCCACCCGGUCUCCCAUCAGUUUCACAGACCUGCCUCUGGUGACGAAGAUGUGCUACGAUACCUGUCCUGAUGUCCCCAGCUUGGGCUUAGGUCCUCAUGUAUCCAUCGUUUGCUGCCAGUCCAAUCUCUGCAACAGUGACUGACCACGCUCCUCCACUACCAGCUGACUCCACAGACCAAGUCCUGUGGUCAGGCCUGGCCCUUGGAAAUCAUUCCACCUUGGCCAUCCCAAAGUUCCCCAACUCAUACUUCCUCAGGAAGUUCUGAUUGAAAUCCUCUGUGAAUCCACUGUGGUA